CAACCCACGAACGGGAAGAUUCCACGGACCGGAACGACAGACAACACUCCCCGGCUGCGUCUGUCUUCGAGAAGCAUCCGUCCCGAUGGCGCUUGGAAUCACCGAAUCCACAAAAGUUCCUCCCUUGUUUGCCUCCCGCCGCAAGCCGACUACGAGAACACGGAACCAGUGCAAUCGCACUCUCGAUCCCACCGCGGCUCCCAUCGACGCGGCAGGAACACGUCCCAACCGCCGGGGUGGUUGGCUCCGUCUCUGUCCUUCUCCCGCUCGUUUGGGCGUGGCUGUCGCUGUCGCCACGGCCAUCCUUGCCACAGAUACGACUGCGUUUCGGCACGCGGUUCCGUUCUCGGUCUCUGGUGGAUCCCGUGGACUGUUCCACAAACCAGGGCUCGCAAGAACAACUACUACUACUACUGCUGCUGCUGCUGGCACAAGACCGUAUCCGUUCUCGGGGAUCUCGCCCUUUCGACUGUUUUUCUCACGCGUCGACGAAGGGAGUGCCGAUAGAAAGAGCUAUACUUCCGAGGCCAUGCGGAUCAAUCCGAAUCUUCGCGGGUGCUUUGUAGGAUCCGGGUCGGACGGGAUGUCCAACCCGCUCAUCGUCGAACAGAUCCUGGAGCUCCUGCCACCGGGCGUCCAGCAAAGGCGGCGCUCCGACCCGAGCAGCGUGAAUGUUCUUUACAUCGGAACGGCCACGUACGAUUUGCUAUCCUUCCGGAAGAGGCAAACAAAGUGCUUCGUCGACCUGGGUUUCACCGUCGACUCGCUGGACGUAGCACUGGCCGAUGCCAACCCUCCCCCCGAUCGAGAAAAGUGCGCCUCCAAGCUCGAAGCCGCCGACGUUAUCGUUGUAGGGGGAGGCAACACCCUCUUUGCCGUGGAUCGGUGGAAACAACUGGGGCUCGUCCCGUACUUUAGGAAGGCGAUGGAACGGCAGUGUGUCCUGACGGGAGGAUCGGCCGGUGCCAUUUGCUGGUUCGAUUCGGGACACAGCGACAGCGCCGAUCCCGACACUUAUGUGGAGCCGAUGCUGCGAAAAUUUGGGGAGAGCCAUCCCAGAGACAACCACCAGGACGAGAGUUCCGCCUAUGACGAGGGAAACAAGAAAGAAUGGAAGUAUCUGCGGGUUCCAGGGCUGGGUUUUGUCCCCGGAAAGAUGAUCUGCUGUCCGCACCACGAUCGGAUCCAGAGCAACGGCCUCCUGCGGGCCGACGACUUUGAUGCGAUGCUCUUGAAGCGUGCUGCCUCCCUGUCCGACCGGUCCACCAGUAKGGAUGUGGUUGGCAUCGGCAUCGAUCACCACGCGGCGUUCAUUGUCGAGGGAAGCCGGUACAGGGUCUACUCGCUCCCAGACGAGGCCGGGUCGGUGGGAAGCGCCACCGGCGCCGAAACCGACUCCAAAGCACGAUUUGCCGUGAGAGCCGAUGGAACCGCGGAAGGGGUUCCGGGGGUGUGGAUCAAGAGGGCCGGUGGCAACAGCAACGACGAGGAUCAACAGCCACCGCGCGUGAAAGCAGCUGUGUGUCCAUCCGAGGGAGACCUUGCGGAACUGCUCGGAGACAUUUUUUCGGAGGACGGCCUUUGCGAUUGCGAGUUCGAUUCCGAAUUCGACGACGAUGACGAAAACCGCAUAGCGUUGGAGCUUUGUCGUCGAGAAAACCCUUCCGCGACGAGUUCGAUCGAGAGCUGCUAAAUACAAGUACGCAAUUGUAGAACUUCUUGUGUCGGAGGACCGUGGUGUAAUGCGAGAAAGAAAAUCGUACGAAACUCUAUUCUAACAGUGAUCCUAACCCCUCCAGAUUUUCAUAUAGUAAGAUUAUUUUAAAACAUGUAGCUUAAAUUUUUUCUUGAAGGCUCUUGUCGUGCAGCAGUUGCUCGUAUGGUGUCACUUCUGGAUACCCAACGAAGCCUUGAUUGACUGACGCCUUAUUUUGAUAUGAAGAACCUCAAAGAUAUGAUCCUGGAUUGACUGUCAGAGAUUCUUUUCUAGAUCAUGUGAAGGCAUGUAUGUAAUGUUUUAUGAAAAUGUGUCACCAAAAUUGCCGUCAAAACUGAGAGGAAACAUGUCGCAACCUGUGUUGCGUGGGUUUUUUCCUGCAGUUCCUCAUUUAUUCGAAAUGUAAUCGUUAUUUCGUGCUAUGGAAUAGAAUAUAAUGUAAGUU